UUUCACCAAAAAGCUGUGAAGCUGUGAGUCUCCUGUGAUGGAGGAGAGAGAAGAAGACAGAGACGGAGGAGAAGGAGGAGGAGGAGGAGGAGGAGGAGGAGGUGGUGGAUACCCCCGGGAGGCGAAGCGUCUCCGGACAGAAGAGGAGACCAGCGUGAAAGAGCUGGAGGACGGUGAGGAGGAGGAGGACUCCACUGGGGAGGACGCAGCGGGCAGCGGAGGUAGAGACAACAGGAGGAAGAGGAGGACCGAGAGGAAGGACAGUGUGGGGGACGGACACCGCAUCCCCCCGUCCCCAGUGGUCCACGUCAGGGGACUGUGUGAUGCGGUGGUGGAGGCCGACCUGGUGGAGGCUCUGGACAAGUUUGGCCACAUCUGCUACGUGAUGAUGAUGCCGUUUAAGCGUCAGGCGCUGGUGGAGUUCGACAGCGUGGAAAACGCAGAGCGCUGUGUCUCCUGUGGAAACCGCCAGGCUGUCUACAUCGCAGAGCAGCAGGCUUUCUUCAACUUCUCCACCAGCCAGAGAAUCACCAGACCCACCAACACAGAUGACCCCACCAGCGGCAACAAGGUCCUGCUGCUGUCCAUCCAGAACCCUCUGUACCCCAUCACCACCGAUGUAUUGUACACUGUGUGUAACCCCGUCGGUAACGUCCUUCGAAUCGUCAUCUUCAAACGGAACGGCAUCCAGGCCAUGGUGGAGUUUGAGUCGGUGGAGGACGCUCAGAAGGCCAAACUGGCUCUGAACGGAGCCGACAUCUACGCCGGCUGCUGCACGCUCAAGAUCGAAUACGCUCGGCCCAACAGACUGAACGUCAUCCGCAACGACAACAACAGCUGGGAUUACACCAAACCCUUCCUCUUGCACCGAGAGCGAGGCAGAGGGAGACAGCGCCAGGCCAUCCUAGGAGAACAUCCAUCCAACAACUACGGCCCACACUGCCCCCUGCUGCCUCUACCGUCUAACAGCAGAUACAGGAGGAGCAGUGAGGAGGUGCAGGACAUGGUAGCUUACCCUCUGCUCCACCAUAAGACCACCUCCUGCUCCUCCGCCUCUUCUCCGUCCUCCUUCCUGGGCCACGCCGUCUCCAGCUCUGUUGCCAUGGUGAGCGGCCUCCAUCCCACCAGGAUGAACUGCAGCCGCAUCUUCAACCUCUUCUGUCUCUAUGGUAACGUGGAGAAGGUGAAGUUCAUGAAGAGUGUUCCUGGUACAGCGCUGGUGGAGAUGGGUGAUGAGUACGCCGUGGACAGAGCCGUGACGCACCUCAACACCAUCAAGGUCUUUGGCAAGAAACUCAACGUCUGUGUGUCCAAGCAGCAGGCCGUGAUUCCCAGCCAGGUGUUUGAAUUGGCCGAUGGCAGCAGCAGCUACCAGGACUUCAGUCUGACCAGAAACAACCGCUUCAGCAGUUCCCAGACCAGCAGGAACAUCAUCCAGCCCCCCGCCGCCGUGCUGCACUUCUACAACGCCCCCCCGACCCUCAGCCAGCACCAGCUGCACAAGCUUUGUACCGAACACGACGUUCCCACUUUCACCAAGUUCAAGGUUUUCGAUGCCAAACCCUCCUCAAAGACUCUGUCGGGUCUGAUGGAGUUUGACAGUAAACCUGAAGCUGUCGACACUUUGACCGUCCUCAACCACAACCAGAUCAGAAUACCCAACAGCUCCAACCCCUACACCCUGAAGCUCUGCUUCUCCACCUCCUCCCACCUGUGACCUCACACCAGAGACGACGGGAGACUUUAGUUUCUUACAGCCCGGGGGACGGAUGGAUUCAUGACGACGAUGAGAAACAUCUUAAUGAACUUAUUUAACAAGUUCAUUGUUUAAUUCUGAAAUAUUAAAAUGAAUCUGAUGGGGAAGAAGAGCAGAACCAAAGGGGAAAUAUUUUAAAUUCAUACAGGACAGAGUGAGAAAUGACAAACCUGUUGUAUUUACUGUGGAAUUAAAGAAGAAAAGAAUAAACGAUUAAACUCCACCUUAAGAUUCUCACUGAAACAUUUAAUAUGGGCGACGUCUGAGCUUUAUCACACAACAUGUGACAGAUAUUAGUUGAAGACUUAACUCAGUCCAGAUCAAAUGUGGAACCUCAGUUUGGUUCAAACACAUUUGAUUUAACUUUCAGAUUUGUCCUGAUUGAUUUAUUUACUACGAACAUCCAAAUGCCUGGAAGUAUAUGAAUGAAUGAAUGAAUGAAUGAAUGAGGCACUAGAAUCACAUAUGAUGAUAUGAUAAAUAUUAAUAUUUUAUGUGAAUUAUCUGGAGGGAUGUGAUGUCAGAGUGAUGUCAGCGUGAUGUCACAGUGAUGUGACUGUGACCGGACAGAAACCUGUUCAAACCGUUUUCAUCUGACAGGUGAAAUGAAAAAGUCCAUAACUAAGAACAAAGCUUUUCUAAAUCAUCUCUUAUUCUUUAUUUGGUUUAUUUCUAAACCUUAGUUUGGUUUCACAUAUUUUAUUUUAAAAUGCAGAAGUUGGUGAUACUAGUAUCAUUCGUCUGAUUAAUGGAUCUUUACGUUUGUCUUUACUGGACUUUUCCUUUUAGGAAACGAUUAGAUGAAGAGUGAUGGUUAAACACUGGUUCACAGAUGAACGUCGUUUGUUUGUUUGCUUGUUUUUAGUUUUUUUUAUCAGAGAAGAUGCAACUGGACAGAAAAGCACAAAAUGGCCGCCGCUGGAGCCAUGUUUACGGGAUGAAUUCACCUGUGACGUUUUUCAGUAGCAAUAAAUUCUUUGUGUUUGGGUCGUAGCUGAUUGUCACGUGGUCUUAGAAAAUCAAAACGCUUCAUUUCAAAUGUAUAAAAGAGCAAUAAGUAAAGAAAUAAUAAAAACAGAGACAGGGUUUGGAUGUGGACUCGAACUUUCUGUCACGUCAAGAACCACAAACCACAGACAAAACAAUAAAGAGAUGAAGUGAGAUGUGCA